AUGACGGUAUCACGCAUGGACGAAAUAUGUGCGUCCUUUUUUCUAGCAAGCAUAUUCAGGAAGAGAUUCAGAAUAGCCCAUCCAUGAGUGUGCUACUGGUAGAGGCGUUCUACGGUGGCUCCCACAAACAGCUGAUAGACCUGCUUAGAGAGAAUGUGGACGACUGCGUGUCCUACACACUGCCGGCUAAGAAAUGGCACUGGAGGGCCAGGACAGCAGCCCUGUACUUCAUGCAGGCUAUCCCGGCUAGCCCCUCAUACCGGGUCCUGUUUGCCAGUUCUGUGCUGAACCUGUCUGAACUGGUGGCCCUGCGUCCUGACCUGGCCACACUGAAGAAGGUGCUCUACUUCCACGAGAACCAGCUGGUCUAUCCAGUCCGCAAGAGCCAGGACAGAGACUUCCAGUACGGAUACAACCAGGUCCUGUCAUGCUUGGUGGCAGAUGUGGUGGCGUUCAACUCUUCUUUCAACAUGGAGUCUUUCCUGUCCUCCAUUUCGUCCUUCAUGAAGAUGAUCCCCGACCACAGGCCCAAAGACCUGGACAAGCUCAUACGCCCAAAGUGUCGGGUCCUCCACUUCCCCAUCCAAUUCCCCCAUGUCACAAGCAGACCUGAAGUACUACGAAGUCCAGUAGAAGAGGAAAAGGAGGGACUUCUCAGUCUCAGCUCCCCUCCGGCUCCCAAAGCGCUGUCCUUGAGCCCAGAGCCAGAGGCUGCCAUCCUGGAUCAGAGGGAAGGCACCGGGCAGGCCGAGGCUCCUUCUCACCCCAGGGAAGAGCGAGGGCCUGGGGGAGGGAAGGAAGAGGGGGAUGGAGGAGGAGAAGAGAGCCACGUCAGACCUCUUCAUAUCGUCUGGCCUCAUAGGUGGGAACACGACAAAGACCCCGAGCUCUUCUUCAAGAUGCUGCUGAAGCUGAAAGAGAGAGGCCUGGGCUUUCAACUGUCUGUCCUGGGGGAGACCUUCACUGACGUACCAGACAUCUUUGCAGAGGCCAGAGUGGACCUGAAUGCCCAUGUCCUCCACUGGGGGUUCAUGCCCAGUAAAGAGGACUACCUCCAUGUCCUCUGCCAGGCAGACGUGGUGGUCUCCACAGCCAAGCAUGAGUUUUUUGGAGUGGCCAUGCUAGAAGCUGUUCAUUGUGGCUGCUAUCCACUCUGCCCCAAGGCUUUGGUGUAUCCUGAAAUAUUCCCAGAGGAGUAUCUGUACUCUACACCUGAGCAACUUUAUAAGAAACUACAGGGACUGUGCAGAAGGCCAUACGUGGUGAGGAGACAUCACGUUAAGGUUGACACCAGUUCCUAUUCCUGGGCUGCUCUGAAGGAGGACUUCAGGAGUCUGCUGGCAUACAAAGAGGACCACCAUCCCUGACGGACAGACUACAACUGGGCCAAUGCGAGUCUCCGCGGAUCUGCUCAGAAGUGGGCACACUUAGUUCACUCGAUUAGUGGCAGAAUGAGAUGGAUUUAAAGGUUGAUGGAAAGUCUGCAGCGUAGCGAGGGAGGGAGAGUCUCAAGGGCUGUCGUCAUAGCUGCCUGACAUGGAGCCACGGGCUACAAACCUGUGGUGGCCUCAGACAGCCUGUCCCCACCACCUCUCUCUCUCCACUCAGCUCCACUCUGCUCAAAUCAAAGCCAUGCCUUUGAGACAUUGUGCCUGUUGUAAACGUCCCCAUCUUCACGUGCGAGAGGGAGAGGUCUUUUAUGUCUACUGUGGUUUGAAUUUGAAAUAAAGAGAAAAGAACGUGUAAACUCUUUCAAAGGUUUCUCAAAGGCGGUGCCACCUCAUAUAUCCGGUUGUGUUCAUUUGUAUCCUGUACUGGAGAGGACCUGGAGCUGGAAUUGCUCCCCACCCCACGACUCCCGACAGAGUGGCAGCCAAGUUGUGGCUUGAAAUGCUGUUCUCUGCCUCCCCACCUGGGUUGCCAGGGGCCUCAUUUAUAAAUUGUGCGUACGUACAAAAUAUACCCCAAAAUGUGCAUGCGCCAGUUCACACAAAAGUUGGCAUUUAUUUAAAAAAUGUACUUGACAUGAGAAUUUGCUCACCUCCCCACAACUUUUAGACGAUGCGUACGCACAUCUCCUAGUGUAUGAAAUAUUGUAUUGCAAUCUGGCAAGUAAGUAUUUUGUGCAAAUGGGGGAUAUGAUGAAAAGCUUAUUCAUAAAACAUAUUAACAAGAAUGCAGCCAUUUCCCAUUAAAGUGGAACUGACAGUAUUUUAGCAACAUAAAAUCUUAUUAAAAUAUACACCCCCCCCCCCCCC